AUGUCCUGGUGGUUGGCUGGCCUCGACAUCCAGUCAACAAAGAAGUACAACCUGGCGGCGCGGUGGCUUCUUCGCCAAUCUGGCGUUGUUCGCCAGAGGGGCGAGGAGUUUGAUCCUGCUGAUCUGACCUACCAGCAGGAAGUGAAGAUGCCCAAUGCCACCACUGGCGAUGAAGAGGUGAUCAUCCCUGAGGAUCCCCUGAGUGGCAUCAACAAGCUCCUGAACGCCCUCGAGGAGAUGACAGGCCGGACGGCCUUAGACAAGAGAGGAGAGCUCCGACAUGUCUUCUACCUGGAGCUCAAAAGGCGGGGCGGCGAGAGGAUCUCCGAGUUCACGACCCGGUUCAGGACGUUGGUUUCAGAGAUGAAGUCCGAGGGCGUGGUCGUCUCGGACAACGAGUUGGGCUGGUGGUUCACCAGCUACCGCAAGCCUAUGGGGGCCAAGCAGGCCAUGGUGUCGGAGGUGGAUGAGCAGCCGGAGGAGACGGCUGAUGAGCCGGUGGAGGAAGCCCCUGAUCCUCCAAGAGAUCCGGAAUGCCAAAAGCCCGGCCAGCAACUCGGUCGGAAGAAGGGCAAACCGCCCGUGAAGCAGGUCAAGGUGACCGAGACCAUGAACACCGAGCACAUUGACCCCGACGGCAGCCAUGAAGUUUUGACUGUUUUGUGCAGCCCUCAAAAGCUGACGGCUGACUUUGAGACGGCCUUCAACCAGUCUCACAUGCCCAAAGAGGUGAACCUCGUGCAAGGGCUCACGAAAGACAAGCGGCUGGUUGGCGCUUUGGACAGUGCUUGCAACCGCACCUGCACUGGUUGUGAAUGGCUUUCCAGCUACCUCACCUGUCUUCGUGAAAGUGCCCCCAAAGCUGUACUUGAGUUGGUUUUGGUGGAGGAUGAGAACGAAACCUUCAGGUUUGGUAAUGGUGGCUGCCAGAAAAGCUCUCAAAGGUGGAGGUUGCCCACAAUGGUCGGGGGAGUGGUUCUUUGUUUUUGGACCUCAGUUGUAGAUGUUCCUUCGUUGGGGCUGCUCCUUGGACGUGAUUUUUUGGAAGCGGUUGGUGCAGUGAUGAACUUUAGCAAGAAGCUGCUUCACUGUGAGCUUUUGGGUGCUGAGCCAAUCCGGCUACGACAGCUCUCGGCAGGCCACUUCUUCCUCGGCUUGCUGCCGGAGCGAUGGCCAGGCCUGGGCCCUCAGCGCUGGCGGAAACUCGGAGUCGAUGGUGUCGUUGAGAUUCAGAUGAGCACUUCACGUUGGUCCUAUUUGCGCUAUCUGCAUUUGCCCUACCCGGCAAUCUCGACGGCCGACACCUGGUUCGACCAAGGACAGAAGCAAGCCAAGGACAAGGUGAUCAGCAAGCGCCAUUUGAUGAAGGCCUACGAGGCAGACAAGUUCACCUUUGCCCACCUGAGCGAAUGCAUCCAGUGGCGGAACCGCAUUGGUUUGGACGCUUCAUUUUGCGAAGAUCCAGUUCUUCAGGGCUUCAAGUUGGCCAAGGCCGCCAAGGGUUUGAGCCAGAAAGUCAAGUCCGCAGCUCUGGCGGAAGCUCAAACCAAAGCCCAGGAAGCAGCCGCAGCUGGCGAGUUGGAACAACAGGCGAGGGAGCUCAUUGGACCUCGAGGUGGACUACCAACUCUCCGAAAAGAUCUUGUGAAGCUGGCGGCAUUGCUGAACGUCCCAAUCCAAGCGUCCGACACUGUGGAGCAGAUCAAGGAGAAGGUCAAGCCGACCGUUGCAUUGUUGAAGGAAGGCUCCAAACCUUCCGCAAAAGCCAAGGCCAAGGGAGACGCCAAGAAGCCUACUCUGGCUCCAUUCAUCGUGGAGUCCACCCUCUACAAGAACUUGAAGAGCGAGGCUUCGGGAAGUCGUCCACCAGAGAAUGUGCCUUGGCCUCAAGUUCAGGCGAUGCAAAAGAACUUCCAGGCAGCCUUGGACCGCAUGGCAUUGGAGAUGCAAGAACUCCGAAACGCCCGCUGGGAGCAGAUGACAGAACCCAGUCUCAUCGCCGACACCGAGAUGGGGUGCCAGGUGGGGCCGGAUGGUUAUCAGGCGGGGCCGGACAUGGAGGAGCUCUACAAGAUCGACCCGGACUUCCGUGCAGAAGUGGCCAUGAGCCUGGAGCAGGACUUCGAGGCCAGACUGGCCGCCCAGUAUGGAGAGGGGAGGAUUCCCUUCCUGAGCCAAGAGGAGAGAGAGGUUGAGUACUUCGAGGAGAUGAAUGCCCAUUUGAAUGAAGAACCCUUUGUCCAAGUGAUUGACCUGUCCAAAAACAUCCAUGAGGCCCUUGCGAAUGAGCACAACUCGGACCCUACAAGGCCCUUUGUUGCUGAAGUCUUCACGAACUCCCGAAAUGUCAUGAAAGAAGCUAUGAGGAGGGGCCAUGUGGUGGGUUCAGCAAUGAGCCUGGAGAAUGGAUGGAACUUUCUUCGCCGUCGUGAUCGAGAAGAAGCUCUUCGGCGACUUCAGAAGGAGAAACCGUACUGUGUGGUGCUAGCUUUUCCUUGUGGAUCUUUCAGCCCCUUGCAGUACCUGAACAGCAAAAGCCGAAUGACCUGGCCUUCAAGAAUGUCUUCCGGGCGCAUCCUCAUGAACUUUGCGCUCCAAGUGGCCAGGCAACAGUUGCGAGAAGGGAGACAUUGCAUUUUAGAGAAUCCUCGACCUUCACUUGCUUGGAAGGAGCCUGAGAUGAGGCGCUUCAUCGAGGAGGACGUCUAUGAGGCGAUCUUUGACCAGUGCCGAUUUGGUUUGAAGGGCCCGACUGGGCAGUUGCACAAGAAAGCUACGCAGGUGGUUAGUUCUUCACCGAGCGUUACCAGUUUGCUGCAUGAUGUUCGUUGCAAGCGUGACCAUGAGCACAUGGCGGUGAUUGGUGGGGCGAAGAUCACAUCUCCAGCGGGGGUGUACCCUUUGCCUUUAGCUCGGGCGAUGGUUCGUGGACUGGAGGCCCAGUUCGAGAAGGACUACAAGCCCCGCGAGGUCCUUGCUGCGAAUGCUGAGGAGGAUCCUGAGAACGGAGCGGACGCUGGAGGAGGACAACUUCAAGAUGACUCCGACCCUGAGAUGGAGGAGACGGUUGAGGAGAAGAAGCUGGCGAGAGCUUUGACUUUGGCUGGAGCCCCAGCUGAGGCGGUGGUGGCGGCGAAGCGCCAUCAGUGCGCGGUUUGUCAAGAGCGCAAACCACCAAAAGUGCAGCGUCCUGCUUCCUUGCCUGCACCCAGAGAUCUUGGAGACCAAGUUCACCUGGACCUUUUGGAAGUUGAGGACGGCCGUGAGAGAAAAUACUUCGUGGCCCACUGCACUGACUAUGCCACUCGGUUUCAAGCAGCCGAGAUUUUGAAGGAUAAGUCCACGGGAGAAGUGAUUCGCUUCAUGCAGACCAAAUGGCUGCCGACCUUCGGAGCUCCACGAGUUCUUGUUUGUGACCAAGGCCGUGAAUUCGUGUCUUGGCAGUUUGAAGAGUGGUGCUCCUCGAUCUCCACCUUCCUGUACCACAUUGCAGUGCAAGCCCCAUGGCAAAACGGGGUGGCAGAGAAAAGUGGAGGUAUCAUUAAGACCAUCCUGGCGGCGAUUGUAACGUCCAAGGCGGUUGUCACCCCUGAGGAGAUGGACUUGGCCUUAGCUGAAGCCGUCGCUGCCUACAACGGCGACAUUGAUGGAGAGAGUGGAACUUCGCCUUAUCAAGCCGCUCUCGGACGCCAACCUCGGAUGGUGGGUGAUGUCCUGGGUGGAGUGCAGCAACGACUGGCUGAACAUGGGCUGAUUGACUCCAAACCUUCCUUGGCCCGACAGCUAGCUCUUCGUGAAGUGGCAAAAGUUGCGAUGACCAGAUUGCAUUUCUCCCGGAGAUUGAGAAAGGCAGAGCUUGCACGUUCUCGCAAUCCCACAGUUCAAGACCUACCAGAGCCUGGGAGCAUCUGCUACUUCUAUCGGCCUUUGCGCUUCGACCGCAAAGACUCUGCAAGUCGAAAGAGAUUGAGUUUGAAGCGGUGGCAUGGGCCUGCUCUGAUGGUGGCUCGUGAAGGCAACUCCAACGCCUUCCUGUCCCACAAAGGUCAAUUGACCAAGUGCGCUCUCGAGCAUGUGAGAAAGGCGAGCACUAUGGAACAAAUUGCUGCAGGCACCUGGCGGGAAGCCAUUGAGGAGGCCGUGGAAACGGCACGUCUUGAACUUGCAGCUCCAAAGUCUGGCGAAGCUCCUGUGUUGUCUGCCGUGCCCGAGGAGAACAUGGAUGAAGAUGAUGAAGUUCCGAACCCUGCAACACCGGGUUUUCUACCAUCCUCUUCGGCAACGAUGAUUGGAGAUGGAGCUCAAGCACUACAUGGUGAUGACCUACCUCCUGUACAAGCGAAGGAGCUGUUGCCCAUCAUGAUUCCUUCUACUCCGGCUAUUCCUUCGCGGGUGGGAUCGACCAUUCCGUCACGACGGAUGAGUGGGUUCGAAAGUGUCUCUCCUUUCCCAGAGACCGUGAGACGAGCGCAUGAGAGAAGGGUGAGCGAACCAGUUCCUGCCGGAGCACCUGAACGAGCCCUACCGGCUGACGCCAGUGAUGGAGGUGGAACCAAGCGUGCAGCUGAGACUGAUGCCGAGCAGCUGCGCCGAGAAGAUGUUGACUUUGGCACUGUACCAGGCAGCUCUUCCGAAGCACUUCAAGCUGACCGACUUCCUGGUGAAGAACCAAAGUUGAGUCGUGAACAACUUCUGCAUUUGCUUCAGCAACCCAACUUGCACCCUUUGUCGCAAGCUUUCUAUGGUGCAUGCUUGGACCAGCUGGAUCCUUUGGAGUCGGAGGUCAAGGACCACGGCACAUGGAGCGGUCGAUGGGGCCUUCCAUCGAGAAGUGAGUGGCAAACCUUUCAACGCCUGGGAAUGUCAUGGCCCACUGGCGCACCUUCAGAUCAUGAAGUACAAGCCGCUCAAGCUACCAGGAAGGAGUUCCAUUGGAAGCAAAUGUCAGCUGAGGAGAAGGAGGCCUUCACCAAAGCGGCCAAAGAAGCUUGGUCCGUAUGGGAGGAGAACGACGCCAUCGAGAUCCUCAGCGAAGAGGAGUCAGCCAUGGUGCGAAAACGUGUUGCGGCCAAUCGAGAAGACGGCCGUGUGUUGACGCCUCGGUAUGUCUUUACCGAUCGUCAUGAGAGCCUGAGGACGAAGGAGAAUCCCCUACCUCUCAAAGCUCGAGCUCGGGUCAUUGUCCCUGGCUAUAAAGACGUGUUUUCCUUUGCCCUCAGAAAAGACGCUCCCACUGGAUCGAGGAUCAGCCAACAUAUGAUCUUCAUUCACACUGCCGCCAAUGCCAAGAAGUUCGACGAUGAGAAGAAGAACUGGCGUUUGAUGAGUGCAGACGUCAAAAGCGCCUUCCUCAAAGGCGAUGCAUACAUGGAAGGCACCAGGGAGUUGUUCCUGGAGAACGUCAAAGGAGCUGAGCCAAAGUUGCCCUUCGGUGAUCGUUUGGCAAGGAUUCGCAAAGGAGUCUUCGGGCUCAGCGAUGCUCCUCGACAAUGGUACUUGCGCCUGAACAAGUCCUUCCUGGGGGCUGGAUGGGAGAGAAGCGUGUGUGACUACGCUUGCUGGCUUUUGUGGUCACCUGACCACAGUGUGCUCGAAGGCAUCGUGCUGUCCCACGUGGAUGAUUUGUUGCUUGGAGGCAAUGCUCGUGCACAAGCGAGCCUGAUGGAGAUCGGCAAUGAGCUCGGUUUCGGAAGCGUGGAGGUGGAUGAUUUCGUGUUUUGUGGCAAAAGAAUCCGUAUGCUGCCCUCUGGCAAGGUCGAGCUCAGCAUGACCGAGUAUCACAAGAACCUCAAGCCGAUCCCGGUGAGCAUGGCCCGCAAGGCUCAAGCCUCCGACACCCUAACGGAGAGCGAACGUCGACAGCUUCGAGCAGUCCUCGGUUCCCUGCAGUGGUUGGUGGCCCAGUUGAGGUUUGACCAGGGCUUCAGUUUGAGCUCACUGCAAGGUGAGAAACCAACGGUGUCAACCCUCCUUCGUGCUAACAACUUGCUCAAGGAGUUCCAGGCAAAGUCUGCGUUCACCCUGGUGUUCAAUGGCAUGGACCUUUCCCGUGCCGGGAUCAUGGCCAUCUCCGACGCUUCGUUGGGGAACACCACCAAAGAAGGAGGAACAGAUGGAGAAGCCCAUGAACGCCUCUACAGCCAAUCUUCGUACUUCAUCGUGCUUGCCGACCACGACUUGCUGAAUGGCAGAGAGGGAACGUUCGCAGUGGUGGACGCAAGAAGCCACCGCCUUCCAAGAGUUUGCCGCUCUACCUAUGGGGCAGAGCUCAUGGGUGUGGAAGAAGCCAUGGACAGUGGCGUCUUUUGCAGAGGAUGCUUUGGUGUCUUCAGCGGCCUUCCCAUGCACCGCCGCGAUGCUCACAAGGUGAUGGAGGAAAUCCCCAUGGUCAGCAUCACCGAUGCAAAGGACACCUACGACCGGGGAAACUCGGACACCAACACCUACGGUGCCCAGAAGUCCUUAGCAUUUUCAGUUGCUUGGGUCAGGAGCAUCCUCAAUGGGAAGAACACUUCAUUGAAGUGGACGGCUACGGCCAACAUGUGGGUGGACGCUGGCACGAAACUCAUGCCUUUGGACCACAUGCACCGCAUCCUUGCUUGCGGAAAAUGGAGCUAUGUCUACAACCCGACCUACGUGAAACAGCCCAAGAAGAAGAAGGUCAGCGGCGCUGUGAGUGGGAUAGUUCCUGGAGUUGCUGUCGAGGCCAAAACGGCCAUUUUUCCUUUCCUGCAGAACCUCUGCAGAAGUCCUGGAUGGCACCAACGGGAAGGGUUCGUAGUGCAUGUAGCUUUUGAAGCCAAAUCAUUCCGCAUCCCGGAUGCUCGAUAUGGAGCAUGGCGGUUCCCUCUCCGGACGACCUAUGGCAGGUUUGACUUGGCCGAUGGCCGAUCUGUCUGGAGGUUGUUGGAAGAGAAUGUCGAGUUGAGCCAGCUUCCCAAGAAGCAAGACCUUUUAGAGCGACCUGCCGGCUGUCUGAUCACAGUGUUCAGGCAUUUGCAGAAGGCGCCGAAGGUGAAUUCGAAGGCGACACCUACAGCCAUUUGCGUGGAGGCCAUGCCAGUGAACGUUGAGCUCUUGAAGGACCGAGAGAAGCGACUGAGGAGGGACACAUAG